ACGAUCGUUUGACAGAGAAGGGCGAAGAAGAAGCGCAUCAAAUCCGUCACAAAAUUCUCAAGGUUUUCUUUAUUUCGACCGGUUUUCAUUGAAAUAUUAGUCGAUCUCUAUAAGGAAUGUCGUGAUUUUUGGCGACCGAGCUGUGAAAUGGAAGCAUAGUUUCUGACAGUCUGACACUUCGAACAAUCUGGAUCUAGGCGACCUGCCCUAUCUUUUGACACUUUACGGUUUUUAUUUUUACCGGUUCAGUAUAUCAGACUUGAGAAUAGACUUGAGCAUUAACGUUUAGAACUCUCACAUUCCCAUAGACAACAUUACGAAAUGACUUCUGAUGACAAGUCUUCACUACAAGGACUGGAGGUUUUGAUGAAUGAAUUUUUCACAACAUCGAACAACGAUAGAAAGAGAGAAAUUGAGAAUGUUCUAAACAGCUUUGUCCAACAAAAUGGUGCCUGGCGGUCGUGUGCAUUCUUUUUGAACAACACUAAAAAUCAUUACGUUUUGAUGUACUCCCUGUCUGUAUUUGAGCAUCUUGUGAACAAACGAUGGUCCGGGGUGUCCCAGACGGAAAAGCUUGAAGUCCGACAUGUACUAUCCUACUUUCUCAUGAACAACCAUCAGAGCUUACCUGUAUUUAUCAAGAAUAAAUUGGUCAAGGUCUUGGUUGAUAUUGGCCGUCAGGAUUGGCCUCAUUUCUAUCCGGACUUCUUCACAAACAUCUUAGAGGUACUACACCAACCCCUCACCACCAACCUUGGCCUAAUCAUGCUACGAAUCACUUCAGAAGAACUUCUCUCUUCCUCUGAAGACCUGAGCGUUCAGCGGAAGGAAGAACUUCACAAACUCUUGCUCAACCAAGUGCCGACACUGUUGACAAUGCUCGGGACAUUCCUAGAGAACAUUUUAGAGAAACAUAGGCGGGUAGUAAGCACGGCUACACCACCCCCCUCCCCCACGCAUGGCGAGUCAUCUCAAAGCAUCUCCCCCCGAGGGGACGGUGAACUAAACUUGUUUUCACUAUCACCCCCUCGUGAGAACAACAACAGACACUCGCCUCUAAUAGGUCGGCUUCUCAGCCAGAACAAAACUAAUCUGAACAAUCCUCUUCCUCCUCUUGACCCAGAUUCAGAGGAACUGAGUUCCCUGGCACUUGCAUGUCUUGCACACCUGUUUAGUUGGAUACCAUUGUCCACACACAUUACCCCCUCGCUGCUUGCCACUGUGUUUUGCUUUGCCGAGUUUGGGUGUGAUGUUUUGGCCUCAGGUUCGGCGAUGACCACCGCUGGAUCCAGCACUCGGUUAGGGGUAUUAGCAAUGGAUUGUGUUAAUGAAAUUCUGUCAAAGAAUUGUGUCCCUGCGGAGUUUGAAGAGUUUCUGUUAAGAUUAUUUCAGCAGACGUUUCAUUUGCUGCAACGAAUUACAAAAGACACUGGUCUACAAACAACUGGACAUAAAUUGCUGGAGUUGGACGAGAGAUAUAUAGAAAAGUUUACAGAAUUCCUACGGCUCUUCGUCAGUGUUCAUUUGCGUCGAGUCGAGGCCAAUUUACAUUUUCCGGUCAUAGAAUUUAUGUCGUUACUUUUGAAAUAUACCAUUAAACAGCCUGACAACGAGGUGUUUUUCUCCUGCCUCGACAUCUGGAUGACGUUCCUGGAUUACCUGAGCUCUAAAAUGUUGGACACAAAAGAAAAUUAUGCGACGGAGGUGCAUCCCACCGUCCGAAGGUAUCGUGAUAUUCUGGUGUUGCUGCUGACGGAGAUGUUAAAAAAGAUUCAGUUUACUUACAAUCAAACUGAACUCGAGGAACUGGAUAAUGAAGAACUCAAUGAAGAUUCUGAGACAGAAUGGCAGCGAUUUUUGCGGCAUUCAUUAGAGGUCGUUGCGAAAGUAUCAGAAUUACUGCCAAAUGAUGCAUUUUCUAUCUUGUUUCCAUUGUUCGUGGAAUAUUCGGAAGCGUUCGUUGGACUCCGUAGCGCUUUAGUUAAGACCGCCCAAGGCUGCGAGUUGAACGUGAAAGGAGAGAAUGAGUGUCGACGCAUACAUUGCACGUCACGUGACCUCACGACGCUUCAGAGAAUCUUCGGACGUCUCGCGGGACAUUUCAUCGGAGAAACGCACUUCCAGUCUCGAUUUGAUGACGGCCUUUCUGUCGUAAAACGACUUUGUGAUCUCGCACUUUACAACACCGAGACAAGAGCGUACAAUGUCAAGAGUGACGCUGCAAGAGUUUUAUCAAAUGACUUCAGAGAAGUAGCUGCGGGGACUUUAGCCUCGUUGCAAGUGUACUGUCAUUGGUUGUCACAACUUCAUCUGCACCUUCAAGUCCAUGAACAAUACGAGAAUGAGUUUGUUUCUAUCGUGUCGAGUUGUAUCGACGCCAUUCUUCCUUUAAUUCACGAAGAGGUUCCUGAACGCGUCUUGCUUCCCGCCUCUCAUUUCCUGGUUUCCUUGACGACCAGUGUUCGACCGUCGUUUUUCGUUUCCUUGGAAACAGUUCAGAAACUGUACCACGAGGUGACUAUUGGGAAACUGAGGCGGACCGCGGUCGAGAUAGAGACGCUCAUUUUCAGAGCAUUGUCAAACGCUCUUGUGUUACCCUGGCCAAACCAAACAGACGAUAAACAAGAUUGGCCAUCACGUAGCAACAAUCACGAUAACCUGAUAAAAGCUCUGACUAUAAAUUACCAACAAAUGACAGAACACACGAGCCUACCAGACAGUAAGCGCUUCCACGCAGAAGCUAAAAGCUUUAUCAGACGAACCUUGGGGAUAUUGAAAGAUCUUGUUGAAGCUGUCUCAGGGGAAGCGACCAAAUCGAAAACCAUUGUCUAUAAAUCAGUUCAGGAGUCCUUGCACACAACUCUAACGCUAUUCCCAAUAUACAUACACGAACCAGACGUGGUUGAAUCAAUACUCGCCUUCCUUCUCGCUGUUUUCGGGGCUCUUCAACCACAGCUUGGAGUCGCUUACACAGAACAAAUUAUCCAUAGGCUGCUGGGGAUGUUCACUCAGGAUCAAUUACGAGAAACAAUGUCGCAGGAAAUGUCGGCCGGCACGCGAGUUCUCGAAAAAUUUCUCCGAAUUUUAAGACUUUUAGCCCAGCAAACCGGUUCAUCGUUUAAAACGUUGUUGCCGAAUAUCAUUACUUUUUGUUUGGACCAAAUUCACCCACUUAUUGCAGAGCGUUCCGCCCCAGACAUCAAGACUGAAUUCUUUGAGCUGCUACAUCAACUUCUUUUAAACAACUGGCGAUAUUUCUUUCGCCCAAAUGUUCAAACUAGAGUUACUCAUGGAGACGACGGUGCCUGUGAGAAUCAAGGGCAGUUUGUUAAAAUGAUGGAGGCGUUUGGACAGACUUUCACCCAAACUGAUAUAACUGUCUUCAAGCAGAAUCUUCUAAGUUUAGAAGAUUUAAAUUUAAAACGAAAACUUUAUCAAAAGCCAAUCUUCAGCGAUGGGAUGCUGUUCCACUUUUUGAACGUGUUUCUUCAGGUCUUAGUUCGUCGUUCCCACGACUUGUUGCAGGAGGAGAUCGCCAUAGCUUUGUACAACAUGGCUUCUUCAGACUUCGAUAAAUUUUACCUUCGAUUCUUGCCAGAGUUUUUGACAGGCUGCGAGGGUCUAUACGCUGAACAAAAAGCAGAACUUUCUAAGUCGUUUAAAAUGGAUAAGGACUUGCCAUCAUUCACACGGGGUGUUCACCGUUUCGUCAGCGACGUGCGAUAUUAUCGAAUUUACAAUAGCAGUCUACCCUCGGGAACUGUCACGUUUUAAACUAUGAAAAUCGCAUGAAAAAAUCCUAGCUUAGCGU